CGCAUCCCGCCCCGCAUCCCGCCGGCCCCAAAUGGAUUAUCUGCGGCUGGUGCUCUCCUGCCUCGUCCCCCUGCAGGGCUGCCUGUCCGCCGGCAGCGCCCCAGAGCUCCUCCUGUCUGGCAAACUCAGCGAGUAUGGUGUGAUCGUGCCCUUCAGCGCCGAUUGCCGCGGUGGCUUCGUCUCGCACGUGGUAUCGGGCGACGCGGGGAUCGGCGAAGCCCCUUGUCCACCGGCCCCGCGCCCGUCCCGCCGCCGUGUCCCCCGCAGCCCUCUGGAUGAGUCCCCCCAGCACCGUGGGGCUGGUGGCCGCUUGCUCUACUUCAACGUCACGGUUUUUGGGAAGGAGCUGCACCUCCGGCUGAGGCCCAACCAGCGGCUGCUACCACCGAGCGCCGUGGUGGAAUGGCAGGAGGAUUUCGAGGUGCUGUUCCAGGAACCCCUGCAGCAGCGGUGCCUUUUCACUGGCGACAUCUCUGGCAUGCCUGGCGCCGCCGUGGCCAUCAGCAACUGCGAUGGACUGGCUGGUCUGAUUCGGACAGACAACAGCGAGUUCUUCAUCGAGCCCCUGGAGAGAGGGCAGCAGGAGACGGAGGAGCACGGGAGAGCCCAUGUGGUGUACCGCCGAUCGGCUAUCCGUCAGGACAGCGCUGAGCCGCACCAGGACCUGCACCCUGAAGUGCCCGGUGUACAGGUGGGUGAUCUUCCCAACUCCCUGGAGCUGAUGACGGAGCAGCUGGGGGAUGCAGAGCGCAAGAGACGCCAUGCCAGGAAGGACGACUACAACAUUGAGGUCUUGCUGGCGGUGGAUGACUCAGUCGUACGCUUCCAUGGGAAGGAACACGUCCAGAACUACGUCCUCACCCUCAUGAACAUAGUGGAUGAAAUUUAUCACGAUGAGUCCCUGGGUGUUCACAUCAACAUCGUGCUGGUCAGGAUGAUCAUGGUGGGAUACCGCCAGUCAGUCAGCCUGAUAGAGCGAGGGAAUCCAUCUCGGAGCUUGGAGCAGGUCUGCCGCUGGGCUCACUCGCAGCAGCGCUCCGACCCGGAGCAUGCCGAGUACCAUGACCACGCUGUAUUCCUCACCAGGCAAGAUUUUGGUCCCGCAGGUAUGCAAGGCUAUGCACCGGUGACAGGGAUGUGCCACCCACUCCGCAGCUGCACUCUCAACCAUGAAGAUGGCUUCUCCUCGGCGUUUGUCGUCGCCCAUGAGACUGGCCACGUAUUAGGCAUGGAGCAUGACGGCCAGGGCAACCGCUGUGCCGAUGAGACGAGCAUGGGGAGCAUCAUGGCUCCUCUGGUCCAGGCUGCCUUCCACCGCUACCACUGGUCCCGCUGCAGCAAGCAGGAGCUCAACCGCUACAUUCACUCAUACGACUGCCUGCUGGAUGACCCCUUUGAGCACCAGUGGCCCACGUUACCCGAGCUGCCGGGCAUUAACUACUCCAUGGACGAGCAGUGCCGCUUCGACUUUGGUGUGGGUUACAAAACGUGCACGGCGUUCCGCACCUUCGACCCCUGCAAGCAGCUGUGGUGCAGCCACCCAGACAACCCCUACUUCUGCAAGACCAAGAAGGGACCACCCUUGGACGGGACUGAGUGCUCUCCAGGCAAGUGGUGCUUCAAGGGUCACUGCAUCUGGAAGACAUCAGAGCAGCCUUACAGCCAGGAUGGCAACUGGAGCUCCUGGUCCAAGUUUGGCUCGUGCUCCAGGACCUGUGGGGGAGGCGUGCGCUCUCGCAGCCGGAGCUGCGACAACCCGCCCCCAGCUUAUGGUGGGCGCCACUGCCUGGGAGCCACCUACGAGUACCAAGUGUGCAACGCUGAGGAGUGCCCGGGGCCCUACCAGGAUUUCCGUGCCCAGCAGUGCUCCAAGCGCAACUCCUACUACACCCACCAGAACAGCAAACAUGCCUGGCUUCCCUAUGAACAUCAUGACGAUGCUCAGAAGUGUGAGCUGAUCUGUCAGUCUGAGGGAACGGGGGACGUGGUGUUCAUGAAUCAGGUUGUUCACGAUGGUACCCGGUGCAGCUACCGAGACCCCUACAGCGUCUGUGUCCGGGGCGAGUGCGUGCACGUCGGCUGUGACAAAGAAGUUGGCUCCCUGAAGCAGGAUGACAAGUGCGGGGUCUGUGGCGGGGACAACUCCCACUGCCGGACAGUGAAGGGAACGUUGGCCAAGACCCCCAAGCAGCCAGGUGUUUUGAAGAUGUUUGAGAUUCCAGCUGGGGCAAGGCACCUUCAGAUUGAAGAGAUGGAGCCAGCAUCCCACAACAUCGCUGUUAAGAAUCAAGCCACGGGUAACUUCAUCCUUAACACCAAGGGCAAGGAAGCCAAAAGCCAGGUGUUUAUUGAGAUGGGCUUGGAGUGGGAAUACACUGUUGAACAUGGGAAGGAGAGCCUGAAAACCAGUGGUCCUCUGCACGAGGCCAUCAGCGUUUUGGUCAUCCCUCAGGAGGAAGAGGCCAGGAGCAGCCUGAUGUACAGGUACAUCAUCCACGAAGAUCUGCUGCCCAUGAUUGGAAACAACAAUGUCCUGCUUGAGGAGAUGGAUUCCUAUGAAUGGGCCCUGAAGAGCUGGUCUCAGUGCUCCAAGGCAUGCGGAGGAGGCAUCCAAUACACCAAGUACGGCUGCCGGAGGAAAAGCGACAACCGGAUGGUUCAUAGAAACUUCUGUGACAACAGCAAGAAGCCGAAGCCAAUCCGGCGGCGCUGUAACCUCCAGGAGUGUUCCCAGCCAACGUGGGUGGCUGAGGAGUGGGGUGCCUGCAGCAGGUCCUGUGGCAAGCUGGGGGUGCAGGCGCGGGCGGUGCAGUGCGUGCAGCGCUUGCACGACGGCACUAACCGCACCCUGCACACCAAAUACUGCCCUGGGCAGCGGCCCGAGACGCGCCGGCCCUGCAGCCGCCAGCCCUGCCCUGCGCAGUGGAGGACGGGCGCCUGGUCGGAGUGCUCGGCGAGCUGCGGGGAAGGCGUCCAGCAGCGGCAGGUGAUUUGCAAAGGCAGCGAGAGCGGCGGGCGCUGUGAGGGCGACAAGCCAGAGGCUGUCCAGGGCUGCCACGUGGCCGUCUGCCUGGGAAAGCUCCCUGGCAUCACUGCCAGCACUGACCCUGGUGACCACAGCACGCCCAGAGGGCAGCGGGUGUCUCAGGAUUUACCUGAAACCCCUGUUGGCAAGAUCUCCUCCAGGGAGCCUUGCCUUGGGGACAAGUCCAUCUUCUGCCAGAUGGAGGUCCUGGCCCGCUACUGCUCCAUCCCUGGCUACAACAAGCUCUGCUGUGAAUCUUGUGGCAAGAAAGCUGCCUCCACCACCGCUUCAGCCCCUGCCACGGGCCUCAGUGCUCCUCCGGGAACCACGGCUCCCAGCCCCUCUCCGCCUCUCUCACCUCGCCCCACCACCCCUGCCCAGGGGAAACUCGAUGGGGACCCUACCCCAGCUCCUCGGGCAGGACCACCAGCUGGCAGAGGGGUGCCCAGCAGCGGUGCUUUCCCUGGGGGGCUUCCAGCACCCAGCGAGCCGGGCAGGGGCCAGGCAGCCAGGUAACCCACUCGGGACUACCUCGCCGUGGGGCAGGGAAAACCUUUUGCCUCCCUCUCCUCCUUCCCCUCCUUUUCUCUCUCCCUCCACUUCCAGUGAUGGUUUUCAGGGGUGACGCUGCCAGGUUAGGAAGUAACCUGGCUCAUCCAGAAAUUUUUGGGAAAACCGCUUUUUUCUCAUGGUCUCCCGCCCUCCCAGCUAUGGCAUUUUUUGUUUUUUUCGACAGUGCCGUGGAAAAAAAGGCGAAAAGAUGCCAAAAAAAAGCAACAGCGGGUUGGCUGCGGGUCACCCACCAUAGGCUGCUUCCUUCCAAGGUGCUAAAAAGAUCGGAGGGGGAGCUUUAAUGACACUUUUUCCUUUCCCCAGCCCCAAGCAGCAGCACAAGAUGUGCUGAAGAGGAGGGUCCUGGCUUUGGCGAUUCAGCCCUGGGGCUUGGAGCUUGGUGGUAGCAAUGAGAGAAUGCUGGGAUGCCAACUGGGCAAGCAGCCAGAGGGAGGUGGUGAGGUGCAGGGGGAAAUGCUGGAAAAAUCCCAAGCUGCUGCCCUGGGCUGCCCCUGUUGGGGUGGAAAGUUCAGAAAACGUGUCUAGGCAGCGUGAAAACUGUAAAUCAGCUUCUGUCUUGCAUUGCAGGAUAGGCAGGAGCUGGUCCUGGGAACUCUAACAUGAGGAAUAAGAAGGUCGAAGACCAAAAAUACGUUUAAAAAAUGCCUGUCACCUUGUGGUGACUUUUAAGCCAAUACUGCCUUUGGCCAUUGUUGAGCUGAUAGCGAUGCCCAGCCUCCCCAGGACCAUAAGCCUGAUCCCUGCACCCUUGUACCCAGUGGGAAUCAGCACCUUUCGGAGGGAAAUGGGGAUGACUGGGAAGUCGGGAGUGGAUUUUAGGGGCAAUUACAAAGAAAGGAGAGAGGAAGAAUUCAUCUGCAUCCUUUUUGUCGCAAGGAGGGGACUAAAGGGGGGGUGAUUAACGCCAUUAAAAAAAUAUUUUGCCAAGUACUAAAUGUAUGCACAGCACUUUAGGAGCCUAGGGCUGCGUGCAGAUUGCUUGGUGUCAGGACAGCCCCUGGCAUAGCGUUUGCCUGGAGGAGUUGAAGUCCUCAAAGCCUCCCCGGAGCAGGGUUGGGCAGCCCGCGGGUCCCUGAGGGGCCGCCGUGGUUUUGGUGCUUAGGGGUGUGCAGCCUCCCCGCUGAGGACAUCCAGCCUCUCGGAGGGUGCGGUGGCAGGGAGAAGGUGGGCUCCUGGGAGGGAUGGAGGUUUUGGAGCUGGAGAGGUGGAGUCUGAGGAAGGCAAGGCUGGGUGGGUAGAGCAGUUUGGUAUUGCAAAGUGGGAUCUCUCUGGGAGCCUGUGCAGGGCAUGGAUGCAUCCUCUGGCCUUGAUGGUGCUGCUUCCCCGGCUGUCCCAGGAGCAGGAUGGGACGUGUCUAGAGGUGGUGCUUGGUAAGCUCUUCAGCUGUAUGGUGCUGUGCCGGGGGAUGCUCAGCACACACCAGGAGCCUGCAGAUUUUAGGGCAUGCUGCUGUUUGAGCCUGGCACUUUCAGUGCUGUUUGUACCAGGGCAGAGCGCUGCAUUGAUAGUGCUUGUGCGGUUGCAAGAAACUUGAGGUCAGGGCAUCAGAGCACAUUCAGUGUGCAAUCUCCUAUCACCCUUUGCUAGCCCGGUAUGGCUUGUGGCGGAGGUGAGUUUGAGGAUGGUACAUGUGGUAAUUGAAAUGAACGGAGACCCCUGUGCAUUCCUGAUGCUUUAAGUGUUUGACAGCCGCAGCCCUCGCUUUGCAGUGUUGCCCUGGAGUUACUCAAAAAGGGCUGAAGAGCCUGCCCGCAGAUCGCAGGGCUGGGUGAACAUUUAUUAACUACUCUUAAAAACACCCGAGGCUGGGGAUCCUCUGCCUCCUUGCCGCUGCCUUGUGGCAUUCAGUGGGCUUUGUGAAAGACAGGACAAAGGCACGUGUCUGUCUGAGCCAAGAAACCAGCGCACCUUGUGGGAUUGGACCGAUGGAGGGAUGCCUACAAAAUGCUGCAGCGAGAUGCGCAGGUGUGAGGCAGGAGAAGGUACCCAGAGGAUGAAUGAGAUGCUGGGGGUAUAGCAGAGUGGGAUUCAUCAUUCAUCCCUCGGACUGCUGACUCCACCCCGUGCCCCUUGCCAGCCUGUCCACCAGCACUGUGUUCUGCGAGAGCACCAGCGUUUAUUUAUUGUGCCAAAGAUAAUGCUUUGUUUACUCUUCAGGGAGCAUCCUCUCCCUGGCAGGAGGGCUGGGGCCGGUGUGGGCUGUGCCACAGCCCUGUCCUCCUGGCUUUACAGCCCUGGGCUGGCUCGGGGCAGGACUUGGCUUGCUUCACCUUCCCUUGCCUGAAGCAAAGCUUUUCUCCAGCGUUCACCUCCCUACCCCAUAGUCUUGGAGGCAAAACCUCCCCUCCUCAAAACCUUCCCCCCUCAAAAAUAGCUGUAAUGUCUCCAGGGCACAGUAUAUGUGUGUGUACGCGUGCCUGCUCGCUCCUUCCUCCCGAAUUCUCAGUUGCCCCCCUCCUUUCACUGCUGUCCUGGGCAUUAGUGUUGUAUUGCAUUAGGAAUAUUUGCAGUGGUUCCUUGCGAUACCUCGGAGGAGAGCUGUGUCUCCCUUCACACCCCAUAGCCAGGGUCUCAGGGGUGCUUCGGAGCAAGGGGGCUGUGCUGCAGGUGCUAAUCCUCACCUCCGGCUGAGGUAGGUGAGUGAGAUUAUUUAAAGCAGGGUGCAAUGAACGCGCCCUCUGCCGCGUGUGGAUGCACUGGGGUGGCGAUUCCACAGGGCCGGGAGAAAGCACUGGGGUAUUUAUUCCAGGUGAGUGCAAGAAGUGCCUGGGCAGGCGGAGGUUGGGUCGCUUCUUGCUGUGCAGAUGCCAUGGUGCAAGGAAAGCUGCGGUGUGGGGAUGUGGCGAUGCCACGUCCCGGCUUCCAGCAGGGAUUUGGUCCUGUCUCCAGGAGGAGAGGGUGCAUCUGGUUCCCCAUGUCGUGGGCUGGGUGGAUGCACCAAGUCAUUCCUGUGAUGUAACCUUGUCCAGUGUUAUGAUGAUGUAUAAAGUUUUGUACAUAUGAGA